AUGAAACUUUUGAUAUUUUUAACCAUCAUCUAUCCAAUCUUCGCAUCAAAUUCCACUGAAACCUUAGCCGAAGACCUUCUCACCCAACUCAAAACCCUGAUAAAAUCUCAAAAGCGCCUCGAUCUCACCAAUCUUUUCCACGAGAACUUCAAAUUCGCCGAUUGUGCUCGCGAAAUGAGCCGUCAAGAAUUUGUCACUUUUCUGAUUGAUGAGAAUGGGGGAGAUGCGAUAAGUGUGCUGCACAGUAAACCAACGUUGAGCGGUUUGCAGAUUGUGGCGUUUUGGCGGAAAUUUUUGAUGGUCAAUUUGCAGACGGCGAAGAUUUUUCGAGUUGACAAAAGUUUUCGACACGUUUUUAUUUAUGGCAAAACUGAGGGAGAUUGUUAUGUUGAUUUUUGA